AUGCAGAAUGAUAUUGGUGCCUUUUCGAGCACCUUUGCUCCUCAGCUCAAAGACAAAUCUGUAAUCGUCAAGUUCAUUAUCGAUGCCAUUAUCUUGGCCGCUACCGUUGGCAGCUCCUUUGCAUGGAAUAUUGCCUUCAAGAGUCUCACUAUGGCUACAUCGAAAUAUUUCACCGUGAGCAAAGACGUAACCAACGCUGCGCUCAUUUCUUUUGCCACUGCGAUUGGUAAAGAUUCACUCACAUCCUCCAAAGAUGCAUUGGGCACCCAGAAUGACAUUUCCUCCGCUCUUGGCACAUAUUUCACCGCCUGGACUGGUAUGGAGAGCGGAUAUGUCUCCUCGCUCUUUGAUGGAGCGAAUGAUGAUACUUCAAUUUCGUCUCUUCAAACUCUAACUUCCAGCGGCUCAAUGCUUCUACUUUCGUCCAAAGUGGACUUGACUGGAAUGACUGCUCAGGCGCAAAAGACCCUUUAUGGACAAUUAAUCCCGGCGGCUUGGGCGCAAGGCCCUGGCAACCUCUAUCCCCGGAUCCUGCGGAAGGCCGGAGGCUGUUCAACCUCACUUAAUUGGUCUAUUCGCCUUCUCAUGGAUACGAGCACUCAGGUCGGCGGAUACGUCUGCUUCAACAACGAUGCUUUCUAUGUCGUGAACAUCAACCCCUCUGCUGACCUGAAAGUUUUCGAUACCCUCCCCGGUGGAAACCACGAAACCCUUAAUGGCGUGGCCUGGGGUGGUGUCAUUCUGGAGGAUAUAGUCCAAAGCUCUUACCAGGCAUACCAGCUGAAUGGCAACAAGAACGGCUAUGAAAUGCCCGCUCUGUCAAAGAUUAUUGAUGGAGCAGGCACAGAGGGUGAUUUGGUCUUCCAGAAUGGAAUCCGUACCCCAGGAUUCUUCAACCUGCCAAUCUGCGAGGGUAUCCAGGAAAUAGCUGAUAUUAUCAAGAAGGGCAGGAGAAACGGAAAAUACUGGCCCUGCGAAGCACCGGAAGGAUACAACGCUGAUGGAACUGAUGUGCACGUCAACAACGGAUGCAUCAAUGUGGAUGGUGAGACCCUAUGCAAGUCCAAGACCAAGUCUACCAACAUUGCAGAUCAAGCUACCGGUGACAGCGUCGCCACCAUCUACGCCCAGUUUGAUGGAGACAACAAGACAGGCUACAAAGUUGUUCCUGGCUGUAAGCUGCAAGCCUCCUGGCCCCGCGCCUAUGGCGACGUCUACUUUGGAGCAGAUAACUGCCUGUAUGAUUCGACCGGCACCAAUAUCAACGGUCAGUGUUGCACCGAGAAGACUGAGGACUCGGUUGUCAACCCGUACUAUGGAUACUAG